AUUCCAGGACAUAGUGCUGAGAAAUAGCUCUGGCAUCGCUUUUUCUACCUGUAAAGUCCCUCCCAGAGAGCACUUGCUGAGUGCCUGCAGCCCCUUGAAGCAGAAAUAUGGUGUUCCUCUGGGGUCUUUUGCUGCUCUGCCUGUCUGCUCUGCACAGUCAACUAAGGUUUUCCUCAGCACAUGCCAUUGAGCAACAACGCCUCUUCUUAGACAAAGAUGGGAAUCUGAGGGAUUUGAAAAGUGCUGGAAUUGUCCAGUCUGCUCUGCCAGUAGCUGUCCCAGCCCUGCCCAACAAAAAACUGGCAGGCUUUACCUAUGACCACUUCCAGAAGAUUGAUGGACACGUGUUACCUUUCACCACCACACUGCCAGGCACAAGGAGUGACAGGAACUCUGAAGACGAAGUCCCUGGGGCUGCGGGCUGUCACAAACUGCAACCAUCUGGGGAAAUUGCCUCUUCUGAAGAGGAAGGAGAGGCUGAAGAUAAAAGCUGUGAGAUAACUUGGAAGGAGAGACAGAGGCUAGCAGAUGGCUUGAUGAGAUUCAGCAUCAAGCUCCUUAGAGAGGUCCAGCUGGAGUCCAACAGAACCAAUGUGAUCCUGUCGCCCCUCAGCAUCGCUCUCGCCUUGUCUCACGUGGCACUGGGAGCAGCAGGACAGACAGAGAAGCAUUUGCUGGAGGUGAUGCACCUGGAGUCAGUACCCUGUCUGCACCAGGUGCUGGGCACCCUUCGCAGCAAACUUGCUGAGUCCACCCUCAGUCUGGCAUCACGUCUGUACCUGCAGAAAGGAUUUGAAGUGAAACAGAAGUUCCUGGAGGAUUCAGAGAAAUUCUAUGGAGCAAAGCCCAUGACCCUUUCUGGCAUCAGUGAGAAUGACCUCGUAGCCAUAAACAAGUGGGUAAAGGAAGCAACUAAUGGGCAAAUACCCACCCUCCUGCAGCAGCUCCCAGAAAACACGGUGAUGCUCUUGCUCAAUGCAGUCCAUUUCCAUGGAUUUUGGAGGAACAAGUUUGAUGCUAGCUUCACUGGGCCAGAUGUAUUCCACCUUGACAAUGAGUUUGUCGUCCCAGUUGAGAUGAUGAAAGCCCAGCAGUACUCUCUGAGCUGGUUUACACUGGAGUCCCAGGACAUUCAGGUGGCCAAGUUUCCCUUUAAGAACAACAUGAGUUUUGUGGUCAUUGUACCAAACCAGUAUACCUGGAACACCUCUCAUGUGCUGGAGAACUUCCCUUAUCAACAACUAUGCAGGCUUUUUCCCAAGGAGGUACCCACCACAGUGAAGAUCCCCAAAAUGAAAUUGGAUUACGAGCUGGAACUCAACAACGUUUUCAGUCAAAUGGGCCUCCAGGAGCUGUUCACAAACCCAAAUCUGCAGAAGAUCACAGAUGGGCCUCUCUUUGUAUCCAGUAUACAGCACCAGUCCACCCUGGAGCUUAAAGAAGAUGGGGUGGAAGCAUCUGCUGCUACCAGUAUCGCGAUUUCACGCUCGAUCUCUGCCUUCAGCCUUGACAGGCCCUUUGUCUUCAUUAUCUUUGAAGAUGAAACAGGCAUCCCACUUUUUAUAGGCAGAGUCCAGAACCCUAACCCCAACGCUGCUCCCCAGAUCAAAGAGCUGCGGGACUCAAGGGAAGGAACAGAUGUCAAUAAGUACCCCAUGCCCAAAUAAGAGAGGAGCAGAGCCUGAGUGUUCUGGGACUGCUGCCUGAACCUUUGGACCAGUUAAGAAAGGCCUCUUGUCCAUGGAGACCUUCCUUUGAGGCCACAGGAGGUAAUCCCUUGCUGUUUUCCUUUACAGAUCUCUAGAGACCAGCCCUGGGAUAGCCCAUUCCAGCCUUGAUGAGCUUCUCCCGGCUGGGGUUCCCCUCUGGUGAACCUGAAAAGCUAGUUCUGCUUGAAUUUCUCUUCCAGGGCUCUCAGUCCUAGAAGAGAGACUUCCUUGUCCCUAGACUCUUAUUAGAGUCUUUAUUAAGCUCUUACCAGAGCCCUCCAUAGCCUGGAAUCAUCAUUAGCAUCUGGGAACUUGGGCAACAGCCAGAGAGAUUCAUAUGGCUCUUCCUUCUGCAGUUCCUGUGAACAUAUCUCCCUCAAAGUGUUCCUCUGAAAACCACCUGUACCCACCUAGAAAAUAACCUCCAGAUCAACUGAACUAAUAACCAGUUCUCUUCUUUAGGAUGCCUCUCAGCCAUUUCCAGACAGAGGCUCUUUUCAGAGAUUCCCUUUUCCCACUCCCUGUGGGAUCUGAUGUGGGAGGGUCUGCAGUGGGGAAACCCCUUUAGAUCCUCACCUCCAGCCCAGACUUGGAUAGUCCUAGAUUUUUCAAGACAUAUUUUAUAAAGUGUUUUUUAGUAAUUUUUAUGUUGGCAGAACAAUAAAGAGUAAAGCAGAACACAUUUGCUUAAGGUUUUGCAUUGAAAAACCCACCAAGAAAAGAGAUAGGCACUCAACUUGGAUAGCUGCAAAGAUUGGGAGGGGAAAAGUCUGGGCAUGGAAAGGUAGGAGAAGGUCUUUGCUACACCUAAUCACAGAGGACAUCACUGGCUGUAAGGUGAAAUGGCUGAUAAGACAGUCCAAGGAUUGAGUCCAAGAAAUUUUGGGCAUCUCACCUGCUGUGUAACCUCGCUGGGUCUGAGCUGGCUUUGUGAAAUGGGCAGAAUUCCUCAAAUCAGGGCAUGACCCAGUGGCACAGGGACAGGAAGGUAUUUUGCCUGUGAAGAGCAAGGCACAGGCAAGGGGUGUGACAGGUAUUGAAAGGUGCUUAUCUGGCAUCUGCUAUCUGUGAUUUGUUCUGGGAUACUGCUGGCUCCACAGCACAACACUGGAUAGUCAGGAGAGCUUCCAGGGGAAGGAGAGACAGAUUUCGAUGCCUGUAGCUGAAUGUCACUGCUUUUGCCCCAUUUUGGCAAUGUCCUGUUACAGUUUCAGUUCUGUCUGAGAUGGGCACAGCUCCAUGGAUCCUUGCUCUG